AUGGUGAAUGCCGGCCCGGAAAAGCAGCCAGUGCAGCGGGAGGAUACGGUCGCUGCAGUCUCGAAGACAAUAAUCAAGCAUUCUCACGAUGGGGAUGAGGCCUUAAAGGCUUUUAUUGGUCGUGAAGGCGAGGUUAUUGAGAUCGACGAGGCUACCAAUCGAAGGCUGUUGAGGAUUAUCGAUUGGAACCUGAUCCCAAUUAGUAUGCUAACCGCUCUCAAAGCUCUCUUUACUAGAAUUGCACUGACUUCGAAAGACCACUAUAUCCUACGCAAGUAUAACGGGGUUGAACAAGGAUAUCCAUCUCUCUCUUCUAUAUCGCUGAAAUCGAAUUGUUCAGGCUACCUGUCGUGGGAAUAUCCAACGAACCUCCUUCUCCAACGACUGCCGCUGGCGAAGUACUCGGCAUUUUGCAUCAUCAUGUGGGGAGUCACGCUGGCCUGUUUUGCGGCAGUUCAAAAUUUCGCCGGUGCAGUUGCAAUCCGAUUUUUGCUGGGUAUGGUCAUUUCAGCUUUGUAG